AUGCUGCUCACUCACGGCACACCAGAUCCAUUGCGGUCCAUUCGAUCUGCCAUCGACGCGGAAGAGUCUGGCAAUCAUGUGGUGCGGGUCGCUGAAGAAGGCACGGGAGAGACGUACGAUUUGACCUUGUCCCACUCUUCGCCGUACGUCGGAUCAUCUUCAUCGCCUUAUGGAUCAUCUCUUCAUCACCAGCACGUGCGCGACCAGAGAGGCAACUUGGUCGACGAGCAGGCAAGGGCAGAUGGUGCCAAGCAUGCUUCCACCAAGCACAGCGAAAAGGCCCAACGAGCAGCGGACAACGAUGCCGUGUAUGCGCCCGAACAGCGCAACGCCGACGAUGACUCUCCCACCGCACUGUCAGAGUCGCACUCUUCGUCCGGUGGCUCUCAAUCUCAUGGCCGUCGCAUCCUUCAGCUGCCCCAGAUUGUGAGCAAGAGGGCGAGCGUCAUGGGCGACAAAUCAGCAGGCAGCACAUACGCUCUCAACGCUGGCAAACGGGGCUCGCAGGGAGGCGUGACUGCUCUCAGCGAGAGCGACUCUGUGGAUGCAAGUCACAGCAGUGCCCGCAGAGAAAUGUCUCAAGUCGGACAACCGCCAUACGUGCACCCUUUCACUGCGCCGCCCAGGUCUCAUCCUAUGAUCGGCGAGCUGCCUCCCAGUCCACCACUCGAGGCAGACCACAUCAACAAUAG